AUGGCGAUUGGAAACUUUCUCAAGGGGCGGCGGCGUGAGCGGCGAGCCUCCAAGGAGAGCAAGACACAAUCCGAAGAUAUCAGCGAGACAGCUAAGGCCGCCGAUGAUGAAGAAGAGGAACAUGUACAAGCGAAGUGGCGCUCCCUCUUCGCUUUUUCCACGAGAGCGCACAUCCCACUUCUACUUGCUGGCAUCUUCGUCUCGUUCGUUGCAGGUGCGGUGAGCCCCGCGCAGAAUUUGAUCGUGGGCGAUUUGUUCGAGGGCUUCACUUCGUUCGCGGCGGGCAGAAUCACCAAAGAUGAGCUCAUGCGCCGACAGACCAAAUACGUCCUCUACCAAGUUGGGCUCGCUGCUGGUAGCUGGGUUUUCCAUUCUCUCGACUUCAUGUUCUGGAUGGCCUUUGGAGAGUUGCAAGCCAAAAGCGCUCGCGACCGACUCUUCCAUGGACUGAUGAGCAAGGAGGUCGAAUGGUACGACCGGCGCAAGAAUGGCAUCGGCGCCUUGCUGCCCAGAAUACAGGCCCAGAUCAGAGAACUGCAGCUUGCGACCGCACAACCGCUUGGCGCUCUAUUCUCUCUCGCGGCAACGUCGAUCCUAUCCCUGAUACAGGCCUUCACCAAAUCUUGGGACCUGACUUUGGUGACUCUGGCCACCGUUCCGGUGAUCAUGGUUCUUAUGGGUGUAGUGGGCAAGCCAAUGCAGCGCAAUCUUCCCAAGCAGCAAGACAAGCUCACCGAGGCUCAGAAGUACUCUACUGGCGCAUUCUCCUCUAUCGAGACGGUGAAAUGCUUCAAUGGGCAAGAGAUUGAGGUGGAGAAAUAUCAGAAAAGUGUGGCAGAGGCUGCGAACUUCUAUGCUCGGGUCGCAAACGCAAGUGCUCUGCAGAUGGGACUACUAGCCCUGCUUGCUGUGUCCAUGUUUGUGCAAGGAUUCUACUAUGGCGGUGUCCUGGUGGCCAGCGGCACUAUCGACUCUGGCGACGUGAUCACGACCUUCUUCUCGGCGAUCGCGGCUUUCUCUUCUAUAUCAGCGAUCAUGCCUCAGAUGAUCGUGUUCGAAAAGGGACGGAGUGCUGGCGCGACAUUGCGAAGUAUCAUGGUGCAAAUCGAGGAGAAGUCCUCUGCUAAAGAAGCAGAAGGUGCCCUGGCCCCAACGAGUUGUCGUGGAAACAUUGAAGUCAAGAACCUGACUUUUGCAUAUCCGUCCCGACCUGAUGUGUUGGCCGUACAGGACGUUUCGAUGCGCCUCCCUGCAGGAGAGCUUACCUUUCUGAUUGGUCGAAGCGGUUCCGGCAAAAGUACAAUCAGUCAGUUGCUCAUGCGAUUCUACUCAUCAUCUGAGGGUCAGAUUCUGGUGGACAACGUACCACUGGAUAAACUCGAUCCCACUUGGCUCCGGACGAACAUCACGCUUGUGGAACAGACAAGUGUUCUUUUCAACGAUACCAUCUUUCGUAAUAUUGCGUUUGGUCGAAGGGACUACGAGGCCGUCACCAGGGACGAGGUGAUGGGAGCUGUCGAGUUUGCACUUUUGCAGCUUAUGAUCAACGAGAUGCCUGAUGGACUUGAUACAGUUGCUGGUUUCAAGGGUGGUUCAAUGUCUGGUGGUCAACGACAACGUAUGGCUCUUGCAAGAGCACGGCUUCGUGACUCGCCGAUACUGUUCCUAGAUGAGUCUACAAGCGCGCUAGACCACAUCACCCGGACCUUGAUGAUGGAGGCAAUUCGCCGCUGGCGCAAAGGCAAGACCACAAUCAUGAUUACUCACGAUGUAUCUCAAAUCAAACCGGAAGAUUACGUCUACCUCUUGCAGAACGGCAAAGUUGCUCAAGAAGGCUAUCGGCAGCAAAUGGAGGAGAUGAAAGACUCUCCCUUUCAGGCCUUCCUGGCUGAGGAUGAUAGGGCGGGAUCAGAGGAUUCCCCUUUCGAGCUGGCCUUUACUGAUACGGAUUCUGUAUAUUCUAUCGACCAAACACCGAAUGCAUUCUACGAAAAUGGCGAUCCACUGGAGCGGGAAUUGUCGUUCACCGAGAAGAGAUCUUCAAAGAGAAUGUCGUACUUCCCCAACGUUAUAGGGGGUGGCAGCCCGAUGGUCGGCUUGAGAGCUCCGCCCCAAGGUCUCAAGGGAACGUUUUCUCCUCUCAUGCGGGCUGCUAAUUCCCCUGCUCUGGAUUGGACGUCAAAAUGGCCUGCUCUCACCGCAAGAAAGUCGCCUACAGAAGCUGGAACUCCGGCACCCCAAGAUAUGGAGAGCUCAUCUUCUCCAUCCAAUCGCAUCUCCCAAAUGCUUGGAGAUCUUGUUAAUCAAACAGGGCAGAGCGCCGUCGAUGCCAGACGUGGUGCAACUCGUCGGCGUCGUCCGCUUGUAGAGGACGAUGACGCUAUUCCACUUACUGGACCUGAGGCGUCGCUCGCCGCACUAGAGGCGAAUCAGCAUGUGAAGAAAGGGCCGCAGCUCAAUUCUCUGACCUACAUUUUCGAGACUUUGUGGCCGAAUCUAGGCUGGAGAGCCAGGGUAUACCUGAUUGUCGGAUUCUACGGUGCUUCCUUCCAUGCCGUUGUCAGCCCGGCCUUCUCCUUCAUGGUAUCGAAGAUGAUUACGCUCUACUCGAAACCUGGAGGCGACAGCAAGAAAUCUCUGAUGUACGCGAUGAUCAUUCUUGGCAUUGCUGUUGGAGAUGCAUUGCAUACUUGGCUGUAUCGCUUCCUUCACGAAUACACUAGUCAGUUAUGGGUUGACGAGAUUCGCUGCGUGGCUUACAGUCGUAUCUUGGAUCAGCCGAGGGACUUCUUUGAGAAGGAGGAGAACAGUACUUCCACCAUGACAAUGAGCCUGGACCGCAGCGCUGAAGAAAUGCGCAACCUUCUCGGCCGAUUUGCGUCUCUGGCCUACGUGGCUACGAUUAUGGUUUUGGUCUCCAUCUUUUGGGCUCUUGGUACCCAGUGGAAGAUGACCCUGAUCGCUCUUGCGGUCGUUCCUUACAUCUGGGGAGUGACCAAGGCCUUUGCGAGAAUCAGCGAGAGGUGGGAAAAUCGAAGCAACGAUGCCGGUGAAGCUGCAGCAGCCAUCUUCACGGAGACUUUCACCAAUAUCAAAACCGUUCGCGCGCUGACAUUGGAGCCACACUUUCUCAAGAACUACAUGCAAGCUACCAAUGCUGCCUUGAGAGUUGGCUUGCAGAAGUCUUUCUAUUCCGGCUUCUUCUAUGGCCUAUCCGACUCUGCUGCAAACUUUGCCGUCGCGAUGAUAUUCUAUAUUGGCUCCAGGCUCAUCGCAGAUGGAGCCAAAGUUGCGGACAUCAUCCAGGUAUUCACAAUGCUCAUCUUCACGAUUCAGAACGUUGCCAACAUCCUUGAAUGGAUUCCUCAGAUUGGUGCCUCCAAAGAUUCGGCAGCUCGUUUGCUACGCCUUGCAACUUUACCAAAAGAUUCGCAUGAGCAUCUUGGCAAUACUCGCAUAGUUACCAUUGGCGACAUAGUCUUUGACAAGCUGCGCUUUUGCUACCCUUCAAGACCAGACCAGACCGUUCUCAAGGACAUCUCCUUACGGCUACAUCCGGGCACUGCAACCGCUAUCGUCGGCGGAUCUGGCUCAGGCAAAUCGACCAUUGCGAAUCUCCUCCUUGACCUAUACAGCACGGCAACCAUGAAAGGUCACAACCACCACGACGUGGGUGAGCUCACUGUUGGUGGCAGAGACAUUCACCACAUCCACACGCCUUCUCUGCGAGCUCUCAUUGGCGUUGUCUCGCAGACUCCAACACUAUUCUCCGCCACUGUAGCCGAGAACAUCGCCUACGGUCUCCCUCACGACCAUCCCCAUCGCGAAAAUGUUGAACUCGCGGCGCGUCAAGCAGGCAUCCAUGAGUUUAUUCUCUCCCUCCCUCAAAGCUACGAGACUCUCAUCGGCGAAGGCGGCACCGGUCUCUCGGGAGGCCAAUCCCAACGCGUCAGCAUCGCCCGCGCCCUCGUCCGGAAACCCUCCGUCCUCAUCCUCGACGAAGCAACCUCCGCUCUAGACGUGCAAUCCGCAAAUCUCAUCCGCGACACAAUUCGCUCUCUGAUCCGAGACCAGCCCCAUAUCACGGUCAUCAUCAUCACGCAUCACAAGGAUAUGAUGGAAAUCGCGGAGCGGAUUGUCGUGCUCGAUCAGGGCGUUCUGGCUGAGGAAGGGACUUUCCAGGAACUUAUGGAGAGCAGAGGUGCUUUGGCGAAUUUAUUGAGUGGGGGUGAGGUUGAUGCUGAGGGAGGUGGGGAUCAGAAGCUUAGCCGCAAGAGUGGCCGUGCAGGCCCAUUGUUGAAGGAGGUGGAUUGGAACAAGAAGGGCGUCGGGGGAAGGCAUAGUUCGAAUGCGAAGGCAAAAACGGUACCUCUACCUCCAACGACCGCUGGGUUGGGUAGAGGAAGAGACGGGCCUACAUGA